AUGACUCCCGCGAGUGAGUUGGACCACGACAGCUUGCCCAAGCCCACAGAAGAUCCCGAGCAGAUCAAGCGGGACAUCAAGAGAUGGGGCUAUGCGUUCCUGGCCAACGCCCUUUCGCCUGAGCAAUGCCAGAUCCUCAAAAAGGCUGUCCUGGAGCAAGGCGCUGGUGAGCGGGUGAAUGGAGUUGCGCAUAUGCAGGGGGACAACCAACGGAUCUGGAACCUUCCUAACAAGGGCGACGAGUUCCUCGAUAUGCUCAAUCACCCCUUGGUCGAAUCCUUCACUCCAUGGUUUUUGGGCGAAGGUUUCCAGAUCUACAACAUCGGCAUUCACAUGCACAAAGACCAGUCGUCGAUGCCACCAGAUCAAAUCGAUUUUGCGUACAUGUUCAACGCCCUCUUCUACUUGACCGACUUGACACCUGAGAAGGGUGCCACCUUGAUUUACCCCGGGUCACAUUUGACGAACGUGGCACCACUGGGACACAUGAGCGACCCUGGCGGCUCAAUCCCCGCCUGCGCUCCGGCCGGGACGGUCCUGCUUCUAGAUAGCCGCGCAUGGCACUCCACGGGCGAUAACAAGACAGCCGAGCCCCGACCGCUCAUCAUUCUGACCUUUGUCCGUUACUUUGUGCAGAAGAUGGAAGACUACCCGCGUCUCCUCACUGAGGAGGUCAAGGCAAAGUUGUCCGACCGUCAGAAAGUUCUCAUGGGGAUCCCAGUACCUGGAGCGCACGGUUCGGGGUACAACGCCUACACGAGAAAGGGAGAGGCUGCGCCGGAAAUGCGUGCUCCGGUAUCUGGAAAUCUAGCAGACCCAAAGUAG